UCAUCUCCAAAGUCACUGCAACCUACCCUAAAAUUAUAAGGACAAUUGGACCCGUUAGCUUUAACCCUCUCCAAACCAACCCUGCCCCCAAAACCCAAAUCCUCUGAUAAAAAAGGUGGGAAUUUGCAGCAAAACCCCACUUCCAAAACUGAAAGACGUUGAAACCCAAAGCACCUAAAAACAUAACCGACAAGAGAAACAACUAGCGACACUCGUAGGACCUCAAUUUGGAAGAAGAACAAAAUGUUCUCAAUUGCAGCCAUUAACGACGUAGACUCAAAAGGCCAGUGGGAACCUUUAGCCCCAACAAAAGAAGUUCAGGAAUUUCAUCUUUCACAAACUUACCAAGAAGGACUCAAGAAGCUAGAAGCCAAAGAAUACGAAAAGGCUCGUGAACUUUUAGAAUCUGUUUUAAAGGACCCUCUUAUAUCAAGUGCUCAGGUGGAAAGCAGUGCUAGUGAUGGUCAUCUUUUACAACUCAGAUUUUUGGCGCUGAAGAACCUUGCCACCGUUUUUCUUCAACAAGGUUCUAACCAUUAUGAGAAUGCCCUGCACUGCUAUCUUCAAGCUGUAGAGAUUGAUGCCAAAGAUUCUGUUGUUUGGAACCAGCUAGGAACAUUGUCCUGCUCAAUGGGCUUGUUGAGCAUCUCACGUUGGGCAUUUGAGCAGGGGCUGUUUUGCAGCCCCAAUAACUGGAAUUGCAUGGAGAAACUCUUGGAAGUUCUAAUUGCUAUCAGCGACGAGGUUGCUUGUCUUUCUGUUGCAGAGUUAAUUUUGAGGCAUUGGCCAUCACACUCCCGUGCUUUGCAUGUCAAAAAAACCAUUGAGGAGUCGGAACCAAUUCUGUUUGCUCCUAGAGGCAUAGACAAACUGGAGCCAAAACACGUCCGUCUUAAAUUCCUUGACAAGAGAAAAGCAACGGAUGAGAAUAUAGAUGAGGGCGUUGCAUCUAAAAAGUUGAACCAGAGGAUAGAAUUGCAUCUUGCAGAAGCUUCAUGGACAGCUCUUGUUAAUGCACUCCUGGAAAUCUUACUUCCAUUGAAUGGAUGUGGUUCUGACCAAGGGGCUGACAAAUUAUGCAGAUCCGGGGAUAUUGGAUUAAGUAUACAAUUGCCUCAUAGUUCAGAAAAUUAUAUGCGGCCCAUGGAAAGGAAAGGACCUACUGUCACCUCAGUUGGUGAAAAUAUGUCACUCAGUGAUUGUAACUCUGAGAAAGCAAGUUCUUUAAAAGAAAAAGAAGCAAGUGCUUAUGAAGAACAGCCUCAAGAGCGGCGAAGUAGUCGUCUAGAAAGGCUUAGGAGCCGUAAACCUGGAAAAGAAGAAUUAGAUUUUGACACUGGUAAGGAUCUGGCUAAAGUAGUAGUUCAAUAUUUAGAACCUUUUAUUGUGGGUGGAUCAGGAACUAGAGAUUGUACCAAUGCUCCAAGUUUUUCUGUUUCUUGUGCUGAGGUUGUGGCUAAUCAAGUGGGUAGUGAAUUUGAUGAUGUUACUAAAUUUGUCGGCGAAACUUCAAAAAAUUAUGGCGCUUACCACAUGGGACACUUGCUUCUAGAGGAUGUUUCAAAUAGAAGUAUUUUAUACCGGGAUACCUUUUUCAAAUUUUUGGAGUUGGAGAAGUUGACAAGGCAAUGGGGACGAGGUAGGACCCCUGAGUGCGGUCUUUUUCUUGCUGAGCUGUAUUAUGACUUCGGUUCUCGUUCUUCUGACAUGUCCAGACUGUCUGACUUCAUGUCAGAGGCAUCUUUUCAUCUUUGUAAAAUCAUUGAAUCUGUGGCUUUGGAUUAUCCUUUCCAUGCAAGUGAUAAAAGCUAUAAAAAUUUCUCUUUAACGUAUAGCUCUGAAAAUAAUUGCGAUUUGUCAACUGGAACUACUUAUGUGUUGACCAAUAACCGCUCCUUCUGGAUUCGCUUUUUUUGGUUAAGUGGGCGAUUAUCAAUUUUUGAUGGCAACAAGGCAAAAGCUCAAGAAGAAUUUUCUAUUUCUUUAUCACUUUUGAAAAACAAUGAAAAUGUGAAUGAUUCUCUUAGUUCCGUUCGCUUGCCACACUGCAAGGUUAUUCAAGAGUUAACUGCAGAUUGGAUUCUCCAUGAAAUUAAUUUAUUAGAGGUUGAUUUCUUGUUGAAGAAGAAUGUGGGUGAGAUGAUUGAGAAAGAAAUGAAUAUUGAGUGUGUAAGUGUGCUUUCUCCCCUUCUAUUUUCUACCAAAGAUGUUCACCUUGAUUUAUUUUGUGGUUUUGGUAAAGAAGGUGAAGGGGUUUCUUCAGUUGAACUAUCGGCACUGGAUGUUUUGAUCCAAGCAUGUGAAAAGGCAAAACCAAUGGACACCGAGGUGUAUUGGAAAUGUCACAGGCGGAAGCUCCAAUUACUGAUGGUUGCUGCUGGAGUGGAAGAAUGUCUUGCUUCGUGUAAAUCUGUUCACAGGGUGUCAGGGUUAAAAGCACUUUCAACUUUUGAGACAGAAUCAAAGGAAAUCCUAGGCAAGAACUGGAACCACUUGGUUGCAGAAGAAGUAAAGGCUAUCUCUCGAUAUGCAUCACAGAUGAAGAACUUUGUUGAUCCACACAGAGAUUCUAAUUGCUUUAUUGUUCCAAUGGGAAUCAUUGGUGAUAUUCAGUCUUUGCUGUUGGCACUUAUGUACAAUAUUGCCGGUGUUUCUUUCUCUAAGAAAUCUUGUGGUCUUGUAAGUUCAGAUCAAACUGAACAAAGCCAAAGAUGUUGUUUUACUGAUGCAGCCAUCACAUUCUGCAAACUUCAGCACCUGAACCCCAAUGUCCCUGUCAAAACUCAAAUUGAGUUGAUUGUGGCAACCCAUGACCUGCUUGCCGAGUAUGGGCUUUGCUGUGCAGGUGGAGAUGGUGAAGAGGAAGACGGAACAUUUCUUAAACUUUCAAUAAAGCAUCUAUUGGCUUUGGAUAUGAAGCUUAAAUCAAACUUUCAAUUUUUAAGCAAGGGAGUGGGAACAACUCCAUGUGACGAGCAACCUUUCCAUGAUAAUAAUGUCAAAACAUCUCUAAUGGAAUCAAAGUCGGAUACUCUGAAUGUGGUAGUGGGUCGGAAUGACAAAGAUGAAGCCAGCUCCAUUGAGAAGGAUGCUCUGGGAAGAAUGCCUUCUAAAGGCUUUUUAUCUCACGAAGCUGUGGAGAAAGAGAAUACAGGAAUAGAAUGUGGCAAGCAUGGUGGUGAUGGGCUUGAUUGUAUAUCACAUAAAGUAGAAAAAGCAAGCAGUCAAUUUAUUGAGUGUAGCAAUGCACUAACUGAAGAUGAAAGGGAGGAACUUGAGUUGGCAAUUGAAAAUGCUUUAGAUCAAUGUUUUUUCUGUUUAUAUGGCUUGAAUCUUAGAUCUGAUUCAUCCUAUGAAGAUGAUCUUGUGGCGCACAAGAAUACGAGCCGCGGUGAUUAUCAGACAAAAGAACAGUGUGCUGAUGUUUUCCAGUAUAUAUUGCCCUAUGCAAAAGCUUCAACUAGAACUGGGUUGAUCAAGCUUCGGAGAGUAUUAAGAGCUAUACGCAAGCACUUUCCACAGCCACCAGACAAUGUAUUGGCUGGAAAUGCUAUAGAUAAGUUCUUAGAUGGCCUUGAUUUGUGUGAAGACAAACUCUCAGAGGAGGCUGGGUCUGAUGGGUUUCUUGAUUCCAUCACGAAGAUUAUAUUUCCCAAUGAGGAAAAUCUCAAACAACAAAAGAUAUCAUCAGUAGGGAGUUCUGACCCAUAUUUGGAGGUUUAUUGCAACUUGUAUUAUCUCCUUGCUCAGUCUGAGGAAAUGAGUGCAACUGAUAAAUGGGCUGGUUUUGUACUCACCAAGGAAGGGGAAGAAUUUGUAGACCAAAAUGCAAAGCUCUUCAAAUAUGAUUUACUGUACAACCCUUUACGCUUUGAGAGUUGGCAAAGGCUUGCAAAUAUCUAUGACGAGGAGGUGGAUUUGUUGCUAAAUGAUGGCAGUAAGCAGAUCAACGUUGAAGCUUGGAGGAGGAAUGCCGCUUUACCUCAGAGAGUUGAGGCAAGUCGUAGGAGGAGUAGGCGAUGUUUGUUAAUGACUUUGGCUUUAGCAAAGACAUCAGUUCAACAGGGGGAGAUACAUGAGCUGUUGGCCUUAGUAUACUAUGAUGGCCUUCAGAAUGUGGUACCAUUUUAUGAUCAAAGAUCCAUUGUACCCUCAAGGGAUGCAGCAUGGGUGAUGUUUUGUCAAAACUCAAUGAGACAUUUCAAGAAGGCGCUUGCACUUAAGGAAGAUUGGUCUCAUGCAUUUUAUAUGGGCAAACUUUCCGAAAAGCUAGGAUACUCACAUGAUAUAUCAUUCUCAUAUUAUGAGAAAGCUAUUGAUUUGAAUCAGUCAGCUGUGGAUCCUUUCUACAGAAUGCAUGCUUCACGCCUGAAAUUACUUUGUACAUGUGGAAAACAAAAUGAAGAGGCUCUAAAGGUUGUUGCAGCCUAUUCCUUUAAUCAAUCAACAAAGGAGGCUGUCAUGAAUAUUUUAGGUAGAAUGGGUUCUGAAAUUUCAGACUCCUUGAUGGAUGUUGAGGAAAAAAGCACUCAAGCAAAUCCUGAGGAUGGAAAUCAAGUGGGUUCUCAUCAUUUGGAAGACGCGUGGAAUAUGCUUUACAGUGAUUGCCUCUCUGCUCUUGAAAUUUGUGUGGAAGGGGACCUUAAACAUUUUCAUAAGGCCAGAUAUAUGCUUGCUCAAGGGCUGUACAGAAGGGGUCAGACUGAAGAUCUGGAGAAAGCAAAGGAUGAACUUUCCUUUUGCUUUAAGUCAACUCGCUCUUCCUUCACAAUUAACAUGUGGGAGAUUGAAAAUAUGGUCAAAAAAGGAAGGCGCAAAACACCAGGUCUUUCUGGGAACCGAAAAGUUCUCGAAGUUAACUUGGCCGAGAGUUCUCGUAAAUUCAUCACUUGUAUUCGGAAGUACAUUCUGCUCUACUUGAAACUGUUGGAGGAGACUGGAGACAUCUGUACCCUUGACCGAGCUUAUAUCUCUAUUAGGGCGGAUAAGAGGUUCUCCUUGUGCCUUGAAGAUCUAGUUCCAGUAGCUCUUGGGAGGUACAUUAAAGCCCUAAUUUCAUCCGUCCAUCGAACUGAGACUGUUGGCUAUGGUCCUGCAAGCAACCCUCCUGAGCAUAUUCUAGAAAAAAUGUUCUCUUUAUUCAUGGAACAGAUGAACUUAUGGUCAGAGAUAUGCAGUUUGCCUGAGAUCAAGAGCCCGGAAUUAUCAGAGAGCAGCUUAUACGGAUAUCUUUACCAAUAUAUCCAGUUGUUAGAGAGAAAUGUCAGACUGGAAACACUUGAAGCAAUAAAUGAGAAGAUACGGAAGCGUUUCAAGAAUCCAAAAUUGUCAAAUAGUAAUAGUGCUAAAAUUUAUAAGCAUGUUUCUGUUGCUUUGUGUAGAUCUCUUGUAUUUAACUUGGCCUUAAUUACUCCACUACAUUCCAAAAUCUCAAAUGAGGCCCAGGUCCAUAAUCUGUUAGAUAGUGAAUCAGAAAACAGCCAGGUGCUCUUUGUUGAUCUGCAAACAAGUGAAUUGUGGAAUUCAUCAUUGGAGGAUCCAACCCAUCUAAAAAAUCUUGAAACAAAAUGGAACCCUUUGUUGUCUAAGAUCAAGAAUACUAUAAUCAAGAAAUCUUCAGAGCAAGAUUUGGAGACCGCCGCCUCACUGCUCAGAUGUUCUCACAACUUCUAUCGGGACACCUCUUCUUCAAUGCUCCCAUCAGGUGUCAACCUCUAUAUGUUGCCAUCUCAGUUAGUAAAAGAAGCACCUUUUCAGCUGGGUACCGAUGGGAUGCUUGAUCUGAGUAUUCCACGGAAGCUUCUCCUGUGGGCCUACACAUUAUUGCAUGGGCGUUGCACAAGUAUCUCAGUCGCUGUAAAGUAUUGUGAAGAAAAUGCAAAGUCGAAGAUGAAAAAGGGAACUGGAAGUUCAACCACGCCCACAAAUACAAGUGCUCCCACUGCUACUACUACUCAUACAGUUGGCGGGAAAGAUGGAGCAAGUAAAUGUAGUGAAGCAGACGUUGCUCCAUCCACUAAUAUGGCAUCUGCUGGUGUGCCUAAAAGUGAGAAUGCACACAUUAUGGCAUCUACUACCUUGCCUGAAAGUGAGCGUGCACGGACUCCGGCAUCUGCUUCUGUACCUGAAGGCAGGAGCAGGCAUGGCCGCAGCAUUACUUCUUCCAGUGAUAGCCAAAGGAUUUUAUCAGCCACUCAGCAUCUGCUGCUUCAUUGUAGUAACACUACCGCAGAAAGGAGCAAUGUGGACGUGCAAGAUGAGACAGAUCCUAAUAAAACUUGACUUCUUCAUUGUCAUGUAAAAUUUUCUUUUAAUUCGAUAAAUCUCGAUUUGCUGCAAAAUUGCCCCAUAUGGGUAUUGUUGUGUAUUGUAAAAGGAAAAAAUGUACUUGUAUCUGUUAGGUGGAAUAGCUUCUUUGAAACCAUAGAGCCCGCAUUUUGUAUAGUUUGUGGUGAUAUAGCUGAAAAUUGGAAUCAUUUCAGUUUUCAUAUUUACAUGUUACAAGAGCAUUUAUAGCA